ACGUCAUCGAGCACGUGAUCAUUAAGCGGAGCCGACCAAAAUCCCAAACAAGGAAAUGGUGGGGUAAUAAAACGAUCGGAUCAUUUAAUUAAUGCAUGUUAUAAUUUAUAUUUUAUUUUAUUGUAAAUUAAGAAUUAUUUAUGGGUUAAAAUGGACCACGACUUCAAAACGAAGCUCGCCGCCGAGAGGGAGAGAGUGGAAGAUCUGUUUGAAUUUGAAGGUUGUAAAGUGGGUCGCGGCACAUACGGGCAUGUUUAUAAAGCGAAGCGAAAAGACGGGAAGGAUGAGAAGGAGUAUGCUCUCAAACAGAUCGAAGGCACUGGUAUUUCCAUGUCUGCCUGCAGGGAAAUUGCUUUGCUGAGAGAGUUAAAGCAUCCUAAUGUCAUCGCCCUGCAGAAAGUAUUUCUCUCUCACAGUGACCGCAAAGUCUGGCUCCUGUUUGACUAUGCUGAGCAUGACCUGUGGCACAUCAUAAAAUUUCAUCGAGCAUCAAAGGCCAACAAGAAACCCAUGCAGCUACCGAGGGGGAUGGUGAAGUCUCUUCUUUACCAAAUCUUAGACGGCAUCCAUUACCUUCAUGCCAACUGGGUCCUGCACAGAGAUCUGAAACCUGCCAAUAUCCUGGUCAUGGGGGAAGGCCCAGAGCGAGGAAGAGUCAAAAUUGCUGAUAUGGGUUUUGCCCGACUCUUUAACUCUCCACUGAAGCCGUUGGCCGAUCUGGACCCAGUGGUCGUCACAUUCUGGUACCGAGCCCCAGAACUACUGCUCGGGGCGAGACACUACACCAAAGCAAUCGAUAUUUGGGCAAUAGGCUGUAUCUUUGCGGAGCUGUUGACGUCAGAACCAAUCUUUCAUUGCCGACAAGAAGACAUAAAGACCAGCAAUCCUUUCCAUCACGACCAGUUGGAUCGCAUAUUUAGCGUCAUGGGCUUCCCAGCAGAUAAAGACUGGGAAGAUAUCCGGAAAAUGCCAGAAUAUCCAACUCUACAGAAAGAUUUCAGAAGAACCACAUAUGCCAACAGCAGUCUUAUCAAAUACAUGGAGAAACAUAAAGUCAAAUCAGACAGCAAAGUGUUUCUACUGCUCCAGAAGUUGCUGACUAUGGAUCCCACCAAAAGAAUCACUUCUGAGCAGUCACUGCAGGACCCAUAUUUCCUGGAGGAUCCCUUACCUACGUCUGAUGUAUUUGCUGGAUGUCAGAUUCCCUACCCCAAACGAGAGUUUCUAUCUGAGGAUGAACCAGAGGAGAAAACAGAGAAGAACCAGACACAGCAGCACCAGCAGAUGGCUGCGCAGACGCAGACACAAACGCAGACACAGCAGGCUCCAACCCAACAGAGCUCAGCGCAGACAAACGGCACAUCAGGCACUGCAGGGGCCAACACGGGCCCCUCCAUACAGCAUGGACAGGAACAGGGGCCACCAAACAAAAAACCUCGCACCUCAGGAACCAGUGUUCUUCAAACAGACUACCAGCACUCCAGCUCGCGGCUCGGCUACCAGAGCAAUGUCCAAGGCUCUACCCAGUCGCAAAGCACUUUGGGAUACUCAUCCUCAUCUCAGCACUCUCAUCAGUCACAUCGAUACUGAGACUCAAAAUCCUACUUAAGCACUUAAAAGAAAUAUUAACCACGAGCAUUAAGCCAGGCACGUCAGAGUUGUGAUUCAAAUGAAUUGCUGGCCCUUGUCCCAUAAUAUGGCCCCAACAUAAACACAAAAAACCCAAGUUUAUUCUCUCACAGCUAUCUGUCAUCCCACAACUCUCAGCAAAUGCUACUCCAACCAAAGCACAACUUUACAAUCCCUUUAUUUCGCUCCUCAAGAGAACCAGAGCCAUAAUUGGGCAUUUUCCUCAAUAUCUCAACAGUUUUUCAAUUUAUUGUAUUAAAACUUCCACCAGCUCCAGCUCCAACACCAACCAAACCUAAUAGUCUGCUGACUGUUUAGCAUCUUUAUGCAUUCUCAAUUCAUUUUACCAUGGUUAGACCAAAACAGUCUCAAAAUGAUCAGGCAAAUGCUAUUGGGGUCAUAGCUACCUUGUUACAAUGGGGUCAUUAAGCUGGCGUCCCACUGGCCGACUCCAAAAAACUAGCAUUUCAUCAGAGCAAUCAUAGCUACCAAAUCUGACCAUUUACAGUGUUCCAGUGACAAGUCAUUUUCUCUAUCAUCACUGCUUCAAGAUGUGUCCCAGAUAUUUGAGUCAUGAGGAAACGGGACUGUCCUGGCUGAGAAUGGUUAGAAAACAGAUUAACUUGAAAGAGAAGUCACACAAAUUAGAUCAAAACAAUGAAAGAAAUUAAUUUCCAUUGUUAUGACAUUGUGUUAGGAUGCAGUUUAUGGAAUAAUUUGACCCUAUGAAUGCGUGAGAUGGUGUAUCUGUUCAUUUGGGUCUGAUAUGUUCAUACAACUGAAAAUUGACUAGUGGGACACCAGUCUAAUAUAUAGUCAGUUACACAAUCUAAGCUUUGCAGCUAUUGCUUUUAUUUAUUUAUUUAUUUUUGACUUUACCACCCAUUAUUAUCGUGGGUUUAUCAUCUCGAGGCUUUCUGAGAUUCCUCCAUUUGACAACCCCGAGACAAAUCAAAUAGAGACAUCUGCGGUAUAUAAGCAAUUGUACAUAGGAAGCAAAAUCCCCUUUUAUCUCUCUCCCAGUGAAGGGAGCAGCCUGCAUGUACAGACUGGAUUUGUGUAAUGUGUGCAUAUUUUAAAGACUGAACAAAGAGCAUCUCUCAUAGCUAUCAUGCACCACUGCAUUAUUACACAUAUCUUAUUUUGUUGUGUAAGAGAUUGUUUGAUUUUUUUUGUAAAAUAUACACUAAUAUACUUUUCAUCCCUUUUUUGCAUUAGUUACAACAGGAACAACCAAUAAAAGUAACAUCAGCUAUAAAAGUACAUGGACAUGGUUUACUGUUUCUCUUUGUUGUAUUUUUUUUUUUUUUUAUUAUUAUUAUUUUUUUUUGCAGAAGAACAUGUUUUAGGAUUUUGGUCUGGACUAAAAUUUCUAAAUCUGUGUGAAUGUGUGUGUGUGUGCCGCAUUUGUGUGUGGAUAUACUUGCAUGUGUAUGAUUAUCCGGGGCAGCUAGCAUUUGAAAUGCUUCUGUGACUGUUAUUUCUUGUCUCCUCUUUGUGUUUUAUAUGCUUUAUAAUCUGUUUUUUUUUGGGGGGGUAUUGUUUCAAAAUGCAGUUAUUUCUUUGUGUUAUUUGAGCUCAGUUUGUGGACUGGAAGUGAGAGGUUUUUUUUUUUAGCGCUGAAUUAAACAAGGGGCAACUGAUUCGCUCCUCUGACAAACAAUUGGAUAUCUCAUCAAGCAAAGCUGGGGACAGCUCUGUGUAUUACAAGUCCGUCCAAGCCAUGUUUGAAACACUCAAUAACUUGAUGAAAUAUAUGAGCUCAAACAGGAUUCAACAGAAAUCUUCAAACAGAGUUUUUUAACAUCUCUUGUUUUAAGCUUUAAGGAGGAGAGUCAGUUUGAAAGACCCUAAAGGAUAAUGUUACAUGUGAGCGGAUUUCAGUCACCCAGCGUGAACUGAGACUGACAGAUUUCAGCCAAAAUGUUUGCAGAGCAAGUGUAGUGCCAUCAUUCUUCUUGGGUUUCUCUUCUGUCACAUCUUAAGAUUGCUUGUUUUUCUGUAAUGUGCUGUGUAUUUCUGGUAAAAGCAGUUAUUAUUGUGUUAUUUCACCAUUUUUUCACCCUUGUGAGUUUUACAAUUUGGUCAAAAUGUUUUUAACUAUAUAAACAAAGAUUUAUGAUUAAACAAAUGAGGUUAUGACAUAUGUACCUCAGGAUUCUUCAGUCGCUGGGGUAUAUUUGUAGCAAAAGCCAAACAUUUUUUAUUUCUAUUUUAUGCAAAAAAUCAUUAGGAUAUUAGUAAAGAUCAUGUUCCAUGAAGAUAUUUUGUACAUUUCGUAAAUAUAUAUAAAAAAAUUAGUAUUAUUAGUAAUAUGCAUUGCUAAGAACUUAAUUUGGACAACUUUAAAGACUAUUUUCUCAAUAUAUAGAUUUUUUUUUUUUUUUUGCACCUGCAGAUUCCAGAUUUUCAAAUAGUUGUAUAUCUCCCAAAUAAAGCUUAUUUAUUCAGAUGAUGUAUAAAUCUCAUUUUUGAAAAAUUUACCUUUAAAAAUUAACUCUUUUUGUUGCCCAGGGUCACAUAUAAAGUAUAAAUAUUUCAGAUUCGCUUAAUGAAAUUUAACCAGAUUUGUCAUUUUACCAAUGUUAAUUACAUUCUACAAAAAUCUUGCUUGCUUGCUUUCCUUCGAGAUGUAUUUUCUAUAUCAAGAUGACAUGACAAGGGCAGUGUGUGUGCUGCAUAUCAGAAGAAAUGUGUGUACUUUGUUUUUCUAUUGUACUUUUUAAUGUAAAUUGUUAUGCUAAUUAUAUAAUAUAUGAAAACAACUUUUUUAUUUUUAUUAGAAUAGAUUUUAAAAGAAGAAAAAAAUGUCAUUGUCAGUAGGGUUCUCAGACUUUUGGACACUGCUGUACAGGUUUAUAGAAUGUUCUGAUAUUUAUAAGUCUAUGAUACACAUGGGGUGGAUUUCUGUGGAGCAUUACCUGCCACCAUUGACUGAAAUGACGGAAUAACAUUAGCUCCAUAUUAUGUUUAUUAUUUUAGCAAAAGAAGAGGAACUGUUGUAAAACUUAGUUGGUACAUAUCAUAUUUGUUUCUUUAGUUUCACAAUGUUUCAACCUCUCUCCUGUUUUAUUCAUUUUCUCACAAAUUUGAAUGCAAAUAACAAAAUAAAUAGUGACAAACAUCUUAUGUAGAUUGUGACAUUUACAUGUGUAUUUACAGUGGUGAUAAAUUUACUGAUUACAA